UCGUAGCGUCCUCUAAGCGGAUUUGUUUGCUUCUAGGGUGGUGACAGUUGGAGUAGAGAUUUCUCACAAUGGAAAGUGGAUAUGUCUGCCGCGUUCGGAUGACAAUUUCUUCUUAAUGGGAUCACGCAAUAGAAUAAAAUUCCCAUUACGCGUCCGUCUAACAAGUGUCAGCGGUGAGCAAGUGGAAUCUACUAUCACAGAGCUCAAGAACGACGUGGACAUAACUUCUUCUGUGCAGUUCUCGGGGUUCACAAAAGGAAGUGAUCCACGCACUAUCAAAUGUUACGGUCAAGGUCCAACUUCGAGUGGGAGUAACGACGAAAUAGUGGAUAACACGUUUUGCAAAGGCAAGCUAGAUGGAUAUUACCAGGAUCCCAAGGAGUGCGCAGCAUUUUAUCAAUGCACAAGAGGAAGUGCCUUUAGGAAGCAUUGUCUUAGAGGGCAGGUAUUCAAUGACAUUCUCAAAGCCUGUGACAACCCGAUGAACUUUCCAUGUCAGCAACGAAAUGUUAUUAGUGCUUUCAUUCCAAUUAAAGAGAAAGCCGCAAAGCAGGCAGCUAGCCCCAAAACACAACACGACCUGUCCGAAACAAGUCCGAACACCUUGACAAAAGUGGAAGACAUCUUUUGCAAUGAGAAGUUUGACGGCUUUUACGAUGAUCCAAACGACUGCACAGUAUUUUACCAGUGUCUGCACGGUAAAGCUACCAAGAGACACUGCCUCAAGGGAAUGGUUUUCAAUGCUUUACUGAAAACAUGCGACACUCCUCAAGACUUUCCAUGUCGAACGGCAGAGGGUGCCGGUGCCAAGCAGUUAGAAAACAACAUGCUGGAAGUCAAACCCAGUCCCCGUAUAGGAAUGAACAGUGAUGGAGGUCACAACCCGACCAAUUUGGAUUCAGCUGAAAACAACAAAAUGAAACCAGUUAAACCACCGGUGAAGUCAAUCGUAAAAUCUGAAGGCAAUCUAAUGGGAAUCACAGUGGAUAGAGAAUUCUGUCUUGACAAAGUAGAUGGUAACUACGCCGAUCCGUAUGACUGCUCAGGGUUCUACACAUGCACCGAGGGAGAAACUUUAAAGCAGAACUGUCCAAAACGCUUAAAAUACAACUAUAAGACGGGAGAAUGCGACUGGCCUUUCAACGUGAAGUGUGCGAAACCACCACCUUUUAAGCCUCAUGUUCACAAAGUAUUUAUGUACAAGCCAAAUGAAGACAAAGAAAUGACUAUCCACGGCUCGAUAACACGCAUCACCGCCGUGGCCAGAAAGCGCACUAUUCACAAAGCGUACAAUGGUGAUAACCACAAAAGUGAUAACAAGUAGUUCAUUCCGUAUAUCCUUGGAAAUUGUUCGCUGUUUUAUAUAUCGAUCAGUAAGUGCCUGCGUAGCAGACGUUUCAAAGCACGCGAAGGGUGCGAAACUGAGAGCGAGUGCGAAAAAAUAAGGAGCAGGGGGAGGGGGUCAUUUCUUCUCCAACCGCUCCCCCUUCCCACUUCUCCCCUUUCUUUGCUCACACCAGGCACGCUCGUUCGCUCGCUCAUUAGCUUGCGCGCUUGCUCGAUCUCCCAGCCUGGAAAAUGGAAAGGAAACGGCUGCUACGUAGGCUAAUCAGUAAGUGCUUGAGUAACCUAUUUCUAUUUGCUUUUUGUUGGGUUUUUGAACAGAUCAACAACAAUUUGUUCUAAUAAUGGCCGUUCGUUUUUCCACAACUUACCCUCAAUUUUGUUAUCUGAUUUAGACAAAGAUGAGACAAUAUAAAAAUCUCCAGUCAAACAUCAGUUCUUCCACCAAAAUAUCCGUAUCUCCUCUUUGAAUACGCAUGUAUCAUGAUCAGUUAUUUAACGAAAACAGCAAGCUCUUAGAAUCAUUCUGAGGAUUUAAGCUAUCGUAUUCUUUGUUCAGUGCUGUUACAGUAGAAUGCGCUUGAAUUUUUGUAUAAAUCACCAUUAGGGCUGGUUCACACUAGCGACGGAAGCGACGGAAGCGGAGUCGUAAGUUGAGUCGGAAUCGGAAGAAAGUUCUGAUCUAGUGUGAAUCGGCACGACGGAAGCGGAAUCGUGAGCCUCGCUUUCAGCGUAAGCCUCGCUUUCAUUUGUAAACAUUCAAGAUGGCGGACCCGAGAGAUGACGAGAGAUUGCUGCUUUUGCUAUUGCUUUUUAUUCUCAUACGACGAACCUCCGAAAA